GGCGCGGCCCCCUUCGGAGGUCACUCCGCCGGCGACUUCGACGACGGGUUCCUGCGAAGGAAGCAGCGCCGCAACCGCACCACCUUCACCCUGCAGCAGCUCGAGGCACUGGAAGCCGUUUUCGCUCAAACCCACUACCCCGAUGUGUUCACUAGAGAAGAGCUGGCGAUGAAAAUCAACCUCACGGAAGCCAGGGUGCAGGUGUGGUUCCAAAAUCGAAGAGCUAAAUGGAGGAAAACAGAGAGAGGUGCUCCUGACCAAGAAGGCUCUAAGGAAACAAUGGCUGAGGUGGCUGCUCCUGCGAGGAAUUUAAAUUCCCCUUCUCCAGCAGAACAAACCAGGAAUAAAAAAGAGGGUCUGGAGAUCCAGCAGAGCCUGAGUCGAGCAGUGGGUCCUACAGGACCUUUCUUCCCUUCCUGCCUGCCGGGAACUCUUCUCAACACAGCCACCUAUGCGCAAGCUUUAUCCCAUGUCGCCUCUCUAAAAGGGAGCCCGCUGUGCUCGUGCUGCGUUCCAGACCCCAUGGGCCUCUCCUUCCUUCCCACCUACGGCUGCCAAAGCAACCGCACCGCCAGCGUGGCUGCGCUGCGCAUGAAGGCCCGGGAGCACUCGGAGGCUGUGCUCCAGUCUGCCAACCUCCUGCCCACCACCAGCAACAGCCCCACUCCUCCCACCAAACCCAGCCCCGAGGGCAGCCAGGACAAGCAGCCCUCUCCAGCCAAGGAGCACAUGGAAGGGGAGAAGAACUUAUGA